AUGGCGCAAGACGGUUGCGAGAGCUCCAGUAAGGCGUCGUCAUCGGCGUCGGCGGGCAGCAGCGGCUGCUCCACGCCAUUCAGGUUCAACGUGCACGCGCGGGAGUUCGUGCCGGCGGCCGGACCCAUGGGCGCCGGCGCUCUGGCAGCCGCCGGCUACUACCCGCCGUUCUUGCAGCUGCCCGGCGGCGGCGGCGGCGGCGGCGGCGUUGGGCUGGGCGCGGCGGACUGGAGUUUCCUCGCCGAGCCGGACCCCACGUUCUUCCUGCCGGACUUUGGACACGCCGAGAUCGCCGGUGCUGCGGGCAUCACCGGGCACCCCAAGGGCGCAAGUCCGGCCGACAUCAAGCAGGUUUGGAAAACCGUUGAGUACCAAUUCAGCGACACUAAUUUGGUUGCGAAUGAUUUCCUGACGAAGAUCAUGAACAAGGAUCCUGAGGGCUAUGUUCCUUUGUCUGUGAUCUCGUCAUGGAAGAAGAUCAAGGCUAUGGGGGUGACAAACCAACUGCUGGUCAGGGCUCUUCGGACCUCGGAGAAGCUCGUUGUCAGCGACGACGGCAGGAGAGUGCGGCGGGCGCAGCCAUUCACCGAGAGACACAAAGAAGAGCUGCAGUCCCGGAUGGUCAUCGCGGAGAAUCUGCCAGACGAUUCAACGAGGAACAGUCUCGAGAAGAUCUUCGGCGUCAUUGGCAGUGUGAAGAACAUCCGGAUCUGCCAUCCGCAGGAGCCCAGCUCUUCCAGAUCUUCAAAGCCUGACGCGAACCCACUGCUGGUCAGUAACAAGUUGCAUGCCCUCAUAGAGUACGAGACCUCGCAGCAAGCCGACAGAGCAGUGGACAAGUUGAACGACGGGAGAAACUGGAGGAAGGGCCUCCGCGUGCGCGCCGUGCUGCGCCGGCCGGUAACCGAAGCCUCCCCUCAUCAGCUGUCGCCCGAUCUCUGGACUGAUCACUGGCCAUUGAAAUCGCUGCAGGACAAGCCGGCAACACGUCUGAAGCGGCCGGACUUGGACCACCUCGCCGCCUCCGACGAGGAGCGCUCGCCGGACUCCCCGACGCCGGCGGCGGCGCGCUCGCCCGACCACAGCGAGGACCAGCACGCCGGCGCCAGGAAGCCGUGGGGCAGAGGGCGCGGCAGGCCGCACGCCGCCGCCGCCGCCGCUGGCGCGGCCGCGCACCUGGAGUCCCUGGCCGCGGCCCCGAGGCACGCGGCGCAGGGGCCGAGGAUGCCGGACGGCACGCGCGGGUUCACCAUGGGGCGGGGGAGGCCGCCGCUGGCCGUGGCAGCGGCGGCGGCUGCUGUCCGGGUCGUGUAG